AUGUCCUUGGUGUCCGCUAUUCCAGACAGAGAUCGGCAGAGGCCGAUCGGGACGCGUGCUGUGAAGGCCAAGGGGAAACGCACCCCAGGGUCCAGCAGGACGUCCACGAUUACGAGUGCGUCCGGGACCUCCUCGCUGACGAGGGACUCCCGGAGGUCCCCCGUGUACCGGCCCACCGGUACACAGUUGAGUAAAGAGGCUUUGUACCGUGCGAAAUUAAAGUACGGUGUGUACCAGUCCCCUGCGACGCAGUAUACCGUCGGUGUGACGGAUGUGCGUGCGUCUGCUGACACGGCCGCUGUGCUGGCUAGUGGCUCUCACGUUAACAUGGAGACGUACGAGCGGAAACUGGACCCGAAUGCGACGAAGGCUGCGUCUGCAGUGGGUGCAAGGACGAAGUCCAUGGUGGCCCCCGCGGUGGACCCUCCUGCGAAUUCGCAGAGGAAGGCAGGUGCUGCUGCGUCGAAGGCGUACUCGAUGACGAACGUUUCAAGGGAGACGGCUACCCCCGGGAAGGAUUCCGACAGGGCCGUUUCCCUGACUGCGAAAGCUAACAUGAGGAAAGUGUUCAGUAAUGCAUCGAAGAAGGCGGAGAGUAACGUGCGGAACAGGAUGGAACCCGAGCGCGGGAACUUCUCGUACGGGAUCAAGACACAGGCCGCUGAACACAACCAAUUCAAGUUCGACAAGGAGAUGAUGGGUAACAUCAUGGCGAAGACGGAGAAGGCUGCGUCUUUGCAACAAAUGGAACAGCAGAAAGUCGAUGACCGUGAACGUACCGAGCGUGGAGCGAAGUUUGCCCUGAACGCCGCUGUAUCCGUGAAGGACUUGGGGCCCUCCGUGUCCCGCGAGAUCGACGACGAACUCGCACAGAAGAGACAGCAACGGAACGAGUACUUGAGGCAACUGACUUCGACGAAAGUGAUGGCGAUGGCGCAAAACAGGGUCAACGCGCAGUUGAGGGACUUUGAGAGUGGCGACACGGAUUUGCAAUUGUGGGGGAACGAAUCCUACAACAAGGCUGCCGUGGCGAUUGCACAUACGCAGUUCAGAAACAAACCGACACCAAGGGACCCCUCGAAGGUCAACAUGGGUGGUGGUCUGUGGUUGUCGCAGGCUGAUAUCCAGAAGAUCUCGCAGGACCUGUUGAACCCUAUUUUGGGGGAGAUCGACGAGAGGGCUGCCGCGCAGCGUAAGGCGGAUGACGAGAUCUCGGACCGCACGAAGGCGUACAACGAGAACUUGACCAACUGGAAGAACAUGCAAGUGCAGAAGGAGAAGAACGACGUGCAGAUCGUCAAGAACGCGGAGAAGAAGUACGCUAAUGACAAGCUGAACGCGAAGAACGCCGCCGAGGAGAAGUUUAACGAGAUGGUGAAGCGGAUGGAGGCAAGACUCAAGGAGCGGAACAAAGAUCUGGACGAUACAAAGCAGGCCUACGAGGACUUGAAGGAGGAGAUCAGUAUGAAGCUGGAGAUGGAACAGGAGAGAGCCGAUAAGGAGGUCGCAAGCUGGGCGAAAUACCGUGAGAAGGAUAUCGACGUCGCCCGUGACGAGCAAGAAAACUUAUUGAAACCAUACAGGGAUGACCUAGCCGCUGCGGAAACUGAGCAAGAAGCUUUGAUCACCAAUUACGAUGCAAUUAACGAGGAGAUUGUGCGUCUGAACAGCGUUGUGAAGCACCACAAGAGCAAGAUCGAGGAGUACACUGGUACUCUGGAGAGCCAGGGGACCAGGGAGCAACGUGAGUUGACUUUGAUUGACGACUUGGACGGGAACAGGGGCGAGUUGGAGACAGACAUGGACGAGCAACUGAUCAUACGUGCGAACAAGGCUCGCGAGGAGGCCGAACUGGCAACGAAGGAGGCACGUCUAAAGCAACUGGAGGUGGAGGCCGCAAUCAACGAGCGGAGGACCGAGUUGAACCAGACGGACAUUGACCUGCAGAAGGAGAAGUUGAACCUGCUGGAGGCCAUGCAACUUGUCGCUGAGGCACGUGGUGAUGAAAAACUUGACGAGGAGCGGAUCAAAACAUUGUUUGGUAUGACCUCUGAGGAGUACAUCGACAAAAAUAUGUUGAAGCCCAAGGUCUCUAAGAAGGUUGAGGAAAAGGGGGAGAAGACUAGCGAGAAGUCUGCGGAGAAGUCCACCAAGAAGUCUGCGGAGAAGCCCACCAAGAAGACUAGUGAAAAGCCCGUGGAGAAGCCUGCAACGAAGCCUGCUCAGAAGCCUGCUGCUAAACCUGCCCAGAAGCCAGCUGAGAAGGCCCCUAAAUCUGGUUUAAAGAACUUCUUCCUUGGUGGUUCCACAAACACGGCGACGAAGCCCGCUGCCGCUGCACCUGCUGCCGCAAAGGAGCCUGCCAAGGAGUCCGCCAAGACGCCUGCCAAGACGCCCAUUAGCUCAUCUGCAGCCCCUGCUGCGGCGGAACCGGCGAGUAAAGAACUCGACAGCGAUGACUUGGCCCCAACGUUCAGCGGGUUCUCGCAGGGGUCUAUCAACGGUGACAAGGACGGCCAAGGGUACUUCAAAGAGGUGUUCUGA